GAGUUUCAUUGAGCAGAGAUGGCGACCAAGAUCUCCCACAACGCGAAGGAGGAGGAGGAAAAAGAAGAGAGCAUUACGGAAAGAUGCCGUGGCUUCCUGACUGCACCAGUGACCGACAUCAGUGUGCUGGAAGAGAAGAAGGACGAGAUGAGCACCAAGAUGGAGAUGCUGAUCAUGGAGACGCAGGCUGAGUUCUGUAAAGCCCUGGAGGAAGUGGACGGUGGGACAUUCAAGGUGGACAAAUGGGAGAGGAAGGAAGGUGGAGGAGGAAUCAGCUGUGUGAUGCAUGAUGGAAAUGUGUUUGAAAAGGCAGGAGUGGAUGUGACAUUGUUGUUAGGUUGUCUGACUGAAGAGGCUGUGAAACAACUGAGUGGAGAAAAAGUCCUCAAAGGGAAAGACGGUAAGCUGCCAUUUUGUGCCAUGGGUGUGAGCUCCGUCAUCCACCCCAAGAACCCUCACAUACCGUCAGUUCACUUCAACUACAGAUACUUUGAAAUAGAAGAGGAGGAUGGCUCCAAGCAGUGGUGGUUUGGUGGAGGAACAGACCUGACCCCGGUGUAUAUUGACAGAGACGACGCCUUUCUGUUCCACAACACCCUGAAGGAGGCCUGUGACAAACAUCACCCGAAGUACUACGCAGACUUUAAAAAAUGGUGUGACAGGUACUUCUACGUCCGUCACAGAGGAGAGACUCGGGGCAUCGGAGGAAUCUUCUUUGACAACCUUGACUCCCCAAAUCAGGAGGAGGCGUUCAACUUUGUUAAGAGCUGCGCUCGAACCGUGGUGCCCUGUUAUCUUCCUAUUGUGAGGAAACAUCUUAAUGAUUCCUUCACUCAAGAGGAGAAGGACUGGCAACAGCUGCGACGAGGAAGCUAUGUAGAGUUUAACCUGAUGUAUGACAGGGGAAUAAAGUUUGGUCUUGCCAUGCCUGGCUGCAGAGUCCUCAUGUCGCUCCCACUCACUGCCAGGUGGGAGUUCAUGCACCAGCCUGGUAAAGGUUCCCGGGAGGCGGAGAUGCUGGAAGUACUCAGAAACCCAAAGGAGUGGGUGUGAGCGCCGCAAUCACAAGUUUACAGAAACAAC